AUGAUCGGUAAUCACGCUCAACUAAUUCGUAGGGUAACUCAACAAGUUCGUUACUUCUCUCCUACUACUCAAGAUCGUAUUAACUUCACUACUACCAUGAGCUCUCAACAUACUACCCGUCUGAUCGGUGCCCCCAAUACUCUCGAACAUCGAGUGUACAUCGAGUCCAACGGCAAAGCGAUCUCUGCCUUCCACGAUAUUCCACUCUUUGCCAAUGAGGAACGUACCGUCUUCAACAUGGUAGUUGAGAUUCCACGAUGGACGAAUGCCAAGAUGGAGAUUUCAAAAUCUGAACCUUUUAAUCCAAUCGUACAAGAUGUGAAAAAGAACAAAUUACGUUUUGUUCGCAACUGCUUUCCUCACCAUGGUUAUAUCUGGAACUAUGGAGCUUUUCCUCAAACCUGGGAAGACCCUAAUCACACUCAUCCUGAGACCAAGGCUAAGGGGGACAAUGAUCCAUUGGACGUCUGUGAGAUCGGAGAGGCCGUAGGUUACGUCGGUCAAAUCAAACAAGUCAAAGUUUUGGGUGUUAUGGCCCUCUUAGACGAGGGUGAAACCGAUUGGAAAAUUUUGGUCGUGGAUGUCAACGACCCUUUGGCACCUAAGCUAAACGACAUUGAGGAUGUCGAAAGACAUCUCCCAGGCCUCAUUCGUGCCACCAACGAAUGGUUCCGAAUUUACAAGAUCCCCGAUGGCAAGCCCGAAAACCAAUUUGCGUUCUCAGGUGAAGCAAAACACAAAAACUAUGCCACUGAGGUCAUCAUGGAGUGCCACGAAGCCUGGAAACGACUCGUGAAAGAUGGUCACCAUGGUAUCUCACUCGCGAACACAACAGUUGAAGGCUCUUCCGCCCGAGUUCCGACGGCCGAUGUCCCUGCGGACUCACGAAAAGACCCAGCACCAAUUGAUCCCAGCAUUUCUAAAUGGUUCUUCAUUUCCGGACAUUGCGUCUGA